CUCUCGCUUGCGAGCGUCAACGCGCCUACCGCACCGCGCUCCAGAGAUUUUCCAUCCUGCAACCGAUCGCGGAACGCGGAUAGUGCGCUUACCGCCGCCAAACUUUCAACAACCAUCCAACAAAGCUCCAGCCCACUUCAUUCGAUUGCGUCUCGACUUCGCUACGCGGUUGUUUUCUUCUUGUUGUUCUUUUGUUUCCCAUCGACGCACCGGAAGCGGUUCUUCGGCGCGACCCACCAGUGGUACUACCUUAUACCUAUAGGUUGGAAGUGCGCUUUGCGGACUAGCUACAUGCUACUCGAGAUUCUUUACACUCUUCCAUUCGGAUAAGGCGGGCGCUAAAUGACUGUGAAGAUGUACGACUGCGCUUCAUGUUUGGCCAAGUACCUCUUGUGCGGUUUCAACUUCAUCAUAUUUUUAGCAGGAUCAGCAGUACUAGUGGUAGGAAUAUGGCUAGUGGCGGAUCCAAAUUCAUUCAUCGGAAUCAGCAAAAUCAUUCCCAGUGACGAAUUACACAACUUUAUCCAACCAAAAGUGAUAGAACAAGUAUCCUAUGCCAUUUUGGCAAUAGGGAUCCUGAUAUUCUUAGUCAGUUUCCUUGGAUACUGCGGAGCUUUGAAGGAAUCUCAAUGUAUGCUUACCACUUAUGGCAUACUGCUUAUUGUCAUCCUGGUAUUGGAAAUAGCAGCAGGAAUCUUAGCAGUUGUUUAUAAAUCUAAGGUGGAAACAGAAACAAAAGAUGUACUGAUUACUUCCUUGAGUCACUACAAGCCUACGACUGAAGAAACGGAUGCUGUCACUCAAGCGUGGGACCAGUUGCAGAUGAAUCUGCAUUGCUGUGGAGUCAACAAUUACAGUGAUUAUGCUGGCAACCAGGAUCUAAGAAAUGCAAGUAGGCUGGUACCUGAAUCAUGCUGUAUAUUGAAGGAAGACAAAACGCCAGUGUCAGAUACCUGUACUACAUCACCAAAUGAUUCGAACUCAUAUUUUAACAAGGGUUGUUACAGUUCCGUGGUAAGCCUGCUCAGGAACAACUUGGAGAUAGUGAUAGGCAUUGCGGCAGGCCUAGCAAUCAUCGAAAUCCUGGGCAUAUUUUUGUCCUUUUGCCUGGCGAAGAACAUCACAGAUUACGAACACAGAUGAAAAACUAUAAAAGAAUUAGUUUUGAGGGACCAAAACAAAACGAGCCUGAAGGGCUGUGAUAUGUAACACGAAAAAAUGUGGUGAAGUGGAUGGACUGUCAACUGUCAGUGUAAUGUUUGUACAUAUUAUUUCUAGUCUUGAUGUAAAUUUUUAUUAUUAAUAAUGCAUAUCAUACAACCAACAAUGUGUUUAUAUACUAAUGAUACUCUGUAAGGACUAUUUGGAUGAAUAUAUUUGGAUAGUUUUGUUUA